AUGGCUUCUAUAUCAAAAGAUAAAGGAGCAGAUUUAGAAGCAGCUCAUACACUAAACAAUUCCGUCGAAGAACCGUUUACAUAUGUGUUUGAAGAUAACGAGGAAUCAAAUGAAAGAAGCACAUUGCACAACAAAAACAUUUUAUUCAAGUUUGUUUCAGGAAGAGAGUAUAAUAUCAACCUAAUGCAUCAGAUCCUAACCAAAGCUUGGAGACCCUCACGAGUAUUUACGAUUACGGAUAUAGGAAGUGGUAUUUACAAUGUCAGAUUUUCCCUCUUGUGUGAUUUGAUAGCAUUUUUACAAGGUACUCCUUGGUCUGUGAAAGAAUAUUUGAUGCUAAUAGAAAGAGGUAAUGAAGAAUUUUUGUUAGAAUAUUACGAUUUUAAAUACGUUGUAUUCAGUUUACACAUCUAUGGGUUACCAUUAAGUAUGUUGAAUGCUGCGAAAGUGUUUAGUAUUGUCAGUAUCUUUGGUACUCCUGAACCUAUUGAUCCAGCCAUGGCUGCUAAAUGGGGUAAGUUUGCUAAGGUCAGAGUAAGACUAGAUAUAACAAAGCCUCUUCCAAAGGAUAUGGAGAUUACUCUGAAGUCCAAGAAGAAGAUUAAAAUCUCCUUCAGAUAUGAGAAGGUGCCUAGAUUAUGCUUUCAUUGUGGUUACUUCGGUCAUAUUAUGAAGCAAUGUCUUCAUCUAUCCAAAAAACUGGAAGAGGAUACUUCACUAAGUACUGAAGAUAUCAUGCUAAGAAUGGAUGAUAGAUCAUAUGCGAGAUAUAAUGAAGAGAUCCGUGCUUUCUACAAGACUAUUGACGAUGAAAUAAAUUGA